UCACGCAAAAGGAUGGAUGAUGAUGCAAGAAAGAAACAAAGAGAAGGGAAAUAUCAGGAGCUAGUGCUAGGUGCGAGUACUGGAGCAAAACGCGGGUGUGUGUGACUUUCGUUGGAGAGAGAUGCAGUUCCAUUCAGAAACUCCAAACAAACAUCCCUCGCGACAACCUUAGGAAUCUCGAUCGCCGAAAAAACCUAUGCAGCCCCGAACACACACACUCUGCAUUCCAACUUGUUUAAAUCAUGCCUCUCGAUUCACCCUUCUCUCUCAAUAAAUCUUUUGGCCUAUGAAAUCAGAUUCUUCGCCACCGCCACAGUCAUAAUAAAGUUUUAUUUUUCCAAAUAAAGGGAAUGGCGACUCCUGUUGAGCCUCCUAACGGGAUCAGAACUGAAGGGAAGCAUUAUUAUUCCAUGUGGCAAACCCUGUUUGAGUUUGAUUCAAAAUACGUGCCCAUCAAGCCAAUUGGCCGCGGAGCAUAUGGGAUUGUGUGCUCUUCUGUGAAUAGAGAGACAAAUGAGAAGGUUGCCAUCAAGAAGAUACAGAAUGCCUUUGAAAACCGGGUUGAUGCACUGAGGACUUUGCGCGAACUCAAGCUUCUUCGCCACCUUCACCAUGAGAAUGUGAUUGCUUUGAAGGAUAUCAUGAUGCCUGUUCAUAGGAAUAGUUUCAAGGAUGUCUAUCUAGUUUAUGAACUCAUGGACACGGAUUUGCAUCAGAUUAUUAAGUCUUCUCAAGCUUUGUCUAAUGAUCACUGCCAGUAUUUCCUCUUUCAGUUGCUCCGUGGCUUGAAAUAUCUUCACUCAGCUAACAUCCUUCAUCGUGACUUGAAACCUGGGAAUCUUCUAAUUAAUGCAAAUUGUGACCUAAAAAUAUGCGAUUUUGGGUUAGCACGUACUAACUGCAGCAAGAACCAGUUCAUGACCGAGUAUGUUGUCACUCGGUGGUAUAGGGCACCAGAGCUCCUACUCUGCUGUGACAACUAUGGGACAUCUAUUGAUGUUUGGUCAGUUGGAUGCAUCUUUGCAGAGCUUCUUGGCCGAAAACCGAUUUUCCCUGGUUCAGAGUGUCUCAACCAGCUGAAGUUGAUUAUCAAUAUCCUUGGUAGUCAGAGGGAGGAGGAUAUUGAAUUCAUUGAUAAUCCAAAGGCAAAGAAGUAUAUCAAAUCACUUCCUUAUUCUCCUGGAAGCCCCUUUUCGCGACUUUAUCCUAAUGCGCAUCCAUUAGCAAUUGAUCUUCUUGCAAAGAUGCUUGUUUUUGAUCCAACAAAGAGGAUUAGUGUCACUGAAGCACUUCAACACCCUUACAUGGCCCCUCUGUAUGAUCCUAACUGUGACCCUCCAGCUGUCAUUCCAAUUGAUCUUGACAUUGAUGAGGAUCUAGGGGAAGAGAUGAUAAGGGAGAUGAUGUGGAAAGAAAUGCUUCAUUACCAUCCCGAAUCUGCGAUGGAGAAUGCAGGGUUGUGCUAAUGAUAUUUACUUCUUUUCACGGUUAUGUUCCCUUUUGUUGGUGCCAGGAUAGUUCUAAUAUCAUAACUUGCUUCAAAUAAUUAGGAGGGCUUUGUCAUCAGUGAGCUCAUUAUAUGUUCCUGUUUUCUAUUUAUUGAAAGCAGAGAGAAACAGCAAAAUAUUAUCUUAAAAAAAAUUGUGUUAUUGCUGAUGAUGCAUUAUAGUCUUUAACUGCCAUGUUGAGAGAUUGAUUUUUUACUGAACUCUGUAUUGUAGUUGCCUCGUUUUGCUGUACAUAAACAUGUUCCUGUAUCUUUCAUAAACCAUUUUGUAAAUUAAGUCUAAUGUUUAUCAAUAGUGUGUUAAUGUUUGAACUUU